AUGGACGCCACCGAGGUAGAGCUAGAUGCGAAACUCUACAAAGCAUCGGGUGCUCUUCUGCGAGAGAUUGGGCACAAAUUGCCGCUGCUAAUCUUUAACCCGAAGAAGAAGCGCCGCCUAAGGGUGAUCGAUUCGAAAUGCGAGGAAUUGAGGUCGCUUUUGGACCGGUUCCAGGAAUGGCCACAGCUCCUCGACCAAAGCCUAUCGAGCUACGUUCAACUUCUCAGUGACGCGUUUGUUGGCUACAUAACCACGUCGAGUCAGCACUACGCUCCAUCGUUCAAGUAUGGGAUAGCAACGGUCUCUCCACUGCCGCGAGCGAUAUGUCGCCUCCUGUAUACACUGUGCAAGGUCAGGGGCUACAAGGUAAUAGUGCGACUUUUGAACAACGAGCCCCGAUUCUUGAUCCCCAUGUUAUCCUGCUUUAAAGCCUGGAACACGUCGUCCAACGGAAUGAUCUGGGAGGAGCGUUACAUCAUGAUGCUUUGGCUAUCUCACUUAAUGCUGGCCCCUUUUGAGCUUGCCACCAUAUCAACCUCCGAUAGUCAUCCACUUGACCCUGAGUUGUCCCAGGCAUUUGGUGACUUGCCCGGCAUUGCUGGCGACAUCACAGCUAUUGCGUUCCCACAACUGCAAAUUUCCGGAAAAGAACGCGAAGCAGCAGGUAUUCUUCUUGUUCGCUUAUGCCUUCGGAAGGAUAUGCAGGACAAUGACUUGCAUCUCAGACUGGUGCAUUUCGCUACACAGCAACUUCUGGCUGACGUGGACUUGACCUUCGUUAGUCCGUACAGGGGACUAGGCUUGAUGACAUUGCUCUAUGGUAUCAUCAACUCCGGCUCGGACAGUGAGGUUGCUCCUUUUCUGAAACAGCUCUUCGAUGCUACUUUCAAAAUUGCCACGGACCCGAGGAGCCAUUAUUUGGCUAUUCGCGAUUCCGCACCCGCGCGAAAACUCAUUUUAAAGAUCCUGCGAGUGAUUUUGACCCAUGCAAUAUCCAUCAGUUCAAGCGGAGGCUCUAUGCCCCAGGUAUAUCUUACCUCGAUGCUGGAAGAAAGCAUCCAGUACUUCCUCGACUCCCUGGGCGACAAGGACACCCCUGUAAGGAUGUCUGCUGCCAAAGCGCUCGGCGUGGUGGCCCUCAAGCUUGAUCCCGAGAUGUCUGGUGAAGUCAUUGAAGCAGUGCUAGCUUGUCUCCAGGAAAAUGUCCUUCUAGAAGACCCCCACACUCACAGCCUCGUGCCUGCCACAGAGAAGACUGCCUCCGAAGUCGGAGAGCUGAAGAAGAACUUAUCUGCCGUUGAUCCAUUGCGUUGGCAUGGAUUGAUGCUGACCCUAGCUCAUCUCUUGUACCGACGCUCCCCGCCUCCGGAGCUACUCCCCGAAAUCGUCGAAGCCUUGGUACUGGGAUUGGACUUCGAGCAGCGAUCGAACGUGGGCACAUCCGUUGGGGUUGGUGUCAGAGACGCCGCUUGCUUUGGUCUUUGGGCUCUGGCGCGGAAGUACAGCACUGCCCAACUAAGUCAGGUUGACAUAUCGCGAUUUGCUGAAGCCAGAAAUGGAGAUUACACGGAAUGCCAAAGCGUACUGCAAAUGAUAGCCGCCCGGCUGACUAUUUCUGCAUGCUUUGACCCCUCGGGAAACAUCCGACGAGCUUCAUCUGCCGCGCUGCAAGAACUCAUCGGGAGACAUCCGGACACGAUCUUACAUGGGAUUCCUCUGGUGCAAGUCGUCGACUAUCAUGCUGUUGCAAGGCUGUCGCGAGCCAUGAUUGAGGUGUCUGCACAAGCAGCGGCCCUCGACACCAUUUACCACAGGACUCUGUUGUCAGCACUCCUUGGAUGGCGCGGUUCUCGGGCCACUGAUACCAAUCAGCGGCGUUGGGCUGCUUCGACGAUGCGGGUCCUGGCCGGUGACCUUUCGAAAGAGGACGCACUAUCCUUCGCGGAUAUGAUUGUCCGCCAACUUCUUGAUUUGAAGCCAUUCAAUAUAGGGAGCACAGCGGGUUCAAGGCAUGGUUUAUUGUUGGCUUUGACCGCAGUACUGGAGACGUUGACUGAACGCGAACACCUAGCCGUGGCUUCAUGGAUUCUGAAGGACGCCAAUCCUGUUCUCAACAUGAAUGAUCUUACGGGGAAAAUGGAUGCCCGCGUAACGGCUGAUCUGGAGCUCGUGAUGGAAGCAAUAUCUGCUCUAAUCGGUGCCGUCUGCAAAUGCCUUUCGGCCUCGGCAGCAGAGCAUGAAAGUUGGAUAUCGUCGGCUCUAGCGCUGCUCGACCAAUGUACAGUAACGUGUACGAAAGACGCGGUAAUCGAAGCCAGUGCCAAUGCGACCGUCGAGCUCUUCAAAGUACUCUCGCCUGAUCGAGGCCUUGCGGUUGUCGAAGACUGGCUCAAUGCAAGAAAGCAGCCAGUCUCUGCGUUCAAAAGCAAAGGACGUAUAAAAACGCUCGGCAUGAUCUACGCUUAUUUGGCCUUGCAUGACGUACAGCAUGGCCUCCAACAGAAAAUUGUCGAGUACAUCACAACUCUCAUCAAGCAAGGUAACAGGAUCGAGACGAGAGUGGCUGCCAUGGAAGCGUUCGGGGUCAUAUUGCUGGACAUGGAGGCAACCGUGUCCACCAAAUUCGACGUUACCAGUAUCUCGGAGACACUAUACUGUGGACUGACGGACUACACCAACGACCAGAGAGGGGAUAUCGGCUCUCUACUCCGUCUCCAGAGUCUGGAGGCCGUAGAUGCUUUGCGAUCCAACGAAGAGAUAUCUCAGAUCUCGAACCGUGUCAUGGAGACUGUUAUCCCUGUAGUGGUGAAGCUUGCAGCAGAGAAGCUGAACAGUGUACGGUUUCGAGCGUGGAGAUGCCUAUAUGGCUUUUGGCAAACCCAUGCGGCAGCCAUGCCAAAACUGACGGGGACCUUCGAAUACCCCCAAGAAGUGUCCACAGAGCCAUAUUACCAGCAAUUGAUGAAACUCCUCUUGCUGGAAUGGCUGCGUGAGCCUCUUGUACUGGGUCUCGUCUCGUCGGCGACAUCUGGCACCGAGGUUAUUUGUCGUGCAGCCAGCAACGCAUUGGUCUGGUACAUGCAGGGUCUAGACGAGGGCAAACGCGAUUCGCUGAGUUCAUUAGUCUCUUCGAUCGUUCUGAAGCAGCUGGCCAUUGAUGAAGCACAGGACGACCGACAGGUGGUGCCAUUACUGGACUUUCUCUGCUUCAUGAUGGACCAGGGGCUUUUUGCAGAGCAAUCAACCGCAGAUUCGCCACAGGGACCCGGAUAUGUUUGGACGAUCUUGCAACAUGUCCUAGGUCAAUCACCCAGUCUUCAGAGGAUCGAAGCAUCCUUGAACCUUUGCUCAAGACUGGUUGCCAGCAAAGACUAUCGAACCAGGGCUUUGGACAAGCUCACUCGCCAAUUGCUCCACCGUUGGCCGAAGGUCCGCAACACCGCAGCUGAUCUCCUGUAUCUGGAGACUUGCAGUCCCAUCCUAGCUUCGUGUGACUGGAACGCACCAGUCAGCAAGACCAAAGCAGUGGUGCUUGAACUCAGAAAGAGCCUUGGUGUGGCGGGAUUCAAUGCCACAAAGACGUAG